AUGGGACCGUUGAAAAAGAGCCCGUGCGAUACCACGUUAGCAAUGCGCUUAGGCACCAUUCGCCAUCUGGCCGUGUAUGUGUUCAUGGCCCAACAUUCAUUCAACAAUCAGCUUUACAACUGUCAACACGCAUCAAUGAAUUCUGCUUAUUGCGUACUACUUGCACUUGCAGCUGUUAUUCGCAACACUAUUGCUACGUCUCAGUACUACGGUGCAUCACAUAGAAUCAACAUUGCGACCGUCGUCUCAGUGUCUGACACUCAAGAUGAAACAUACACCAUGUCAGCUAUAGAUGGAGGAGAAUCCGUUGAUCGACUUGAUUUGAUACUAGUAGCCAAUGAGUUGAUCUCACGGACAUGGUUCAAUAAUGGCACUGGAUUUGCCAUUGCAGCCGAUAGAAAAGUUCUAUAUCAGACAGCAAGUUGGUCUCUCAUCGAAGACGGAAGUGAAAAAGACAACCUGUUGUCGUCCUGGGCGCAAUUCCAAUCUGUUGACUCGACAGUCACGUUCAAGUCAAUAUGUGCUAUGGUGGUAGAGUGGAACAGCUCCUGGAAGGAAGACAAAGCCGUGAUGUCUGCUGUCGAAGUCUUGGAACGAAUGACAGACAAGUGUGGGGGAAGUGACACCGCCGCUGUAGCCUUCACUUCAGUUGUCUCGAGGACUGUUAGUAGGUAUCUCGAGGGUAAAAUUGCGGUCAACAACGCUGUCGCACCAUAUAAAAUGCACGACGUGCACUGUUCACAGUUUCCAGCAGUCUCUGAUCGGUUGUUUGUCCGUGUAGCUAAUGGAGCGAAGCACUAUUUUCUAGCCUCUUUAGAGGAGAAGCGUGUGUUUCAAAUAAAGGUGUUCAGAAUUCGCAGACUCCAAGCGCUUCAAUCGACACCAAAAAAAAAGAACGGUUCGGACUCGAAUUGGCAGCCAGACCUUUAUGUUGUCAUUCCGAUCGGCUUUUGCGUCUUUGUGAUUGGGUUUGCUGGUUUGGUCUACCUUCUGCGAUGGAGUAAGAACUCGGUGACGACUGGGACCCAUAUUUCUAAAGAAGAAGAAAAAGAUAUUCCUCCCAGCUUUUCCCACGUGCUUGCUCUUCCUCGAGUGUAG